AUGAUCGCCUGGAAACUGUCUACUCUAUUUCUCUUCUCGCUGCGGGCACUCAAUGCCUUUGCAGAGAUCGAGGUCGAGAAUGUCGAAGAAGUCGUCGGCGAGCAGGCCCAGUCGCCCAACCUGAAGGUCUCAAUCUCUGCCAGCUUCCCGCAGUCCGAGAUCUUCGGUGUCAAGCUGAUCAAUGGCCACGCGACCCAAGCUCGACUGUCCAUCGAUAAUCAGGAACCAGAGGCCGUCACCGUCCAGAUCGUCGGAGGCUCGUUGAUCAAGGAUGCAGGCGACCAGACGCACAUCUUGCGCAACCUUACCGGCCAGCGCUACGGAUUGGAGAUCCCCGCGGGCGAGGAGCAGACGCUGACCUACAGCUUUGCUACCGAGAUGCACCCCCAGGACGUCCGCCUGCAGCUCGUAGCUGUGCUCCAGGACAAGAAGAGCGCCUUCUACACCAUCUCCGUCUACAAUGAAACCGUCAGCAUCGUUGAGGCGCCCACCAGCAUCUUCGACCCGCAAAUUAUCUUCCUCUACCUCGUCCUCCUCGGCGCUUUCGGCGGCACCGUCUUCUUCAUCUACAACACCUGGAUUACAACCCUCUUCCCCCAGCAAAGGCGCGGAGGCAAAGGUGGCGAGCGUGCGAAGAAGUCCUCCGGUGGCUCCAAGAAGGUCGACCCAGCCGAGCAGGUUUCCGUUGUCGGUGCCGACGGCCCCGCCGUUGCUGCCACCGGUUCGAAGUCCUACGACCAGAGCUGGAUCCCUGCCCAGCAUCUCCAGCGCCCCGAGGCCAAGCGCGUCAGGAGCGGCACCCCCAAGACCAAGGUCAAGAGCUAA